UCCCUCGUGCAGCUGGACACGGUGUCUGUGCCACCUCCACAGAGCAGCUGAUCAUGCUGUGCUCUGGAGUGGCAGGAGCUCAGAAGACAUUUCCUGGCGUUUAAGUGCCCCUCCUGUUUGGUAGGGGGUGUCUUUUGCUGGAUAUCGGAGCAGGUCAGAGCGAUUGGCGGACACAGGGCAGGAUGGCAGGCAGUAACCAGCUCUGCAUUCGCCGUUGGACCAACAAGAACGUGGCCAGGUGGCUGAAGGAAGAAGGCUUCUGUGAAUACGUGGAUCUUUUGUGCAACAGGCACAGGCUGGAUGGAAUUACCCUGCUGACACUUACUGAGUAUGACUUGCGAUCCCCUCCUCUGGAAAUCAAAAUCUUGGGGGAUAUCAAGAGGCUGAUGUUGUCCAUACGCAAACUGCAGAAGCAGCACAUCGAUGUCCUGGAAGAGCUGGGUUUCACCAGUGAUGGUCAUGCUGGCACUGUUGGUGCACUACAGGGGGCAGAUUGGUUUUGUAAUGGUGAUGUACCUCGGGACUAUGAUGGACCAAUUACUGACUUGAAUGGUGAUCAGUAUCAAUAUACAAAUGGAAAACACAAACAUGCCACACGCAGACUGGACCCAGAGUACUGGAAGACAGUUUUAAGUUGUGUGUAUGUCUUCAUAGUGUUUGGCUUUACGUCGUUUGUUAUGGUGAUAGUACACGAGCGAGUACCUGACAUGCAAACAUAUCCACCUCUACCAGACAUAUUUCUAGAUAGCGUCCCUAGGAUACCAUGGGCUUUUGCUAUGACUGAAGUAUGCGGUGUAAUUCUUUGCUAUAUUUGGCUCGUGGUUCUUCUGCUUCACAAACACAGAUCUAUACUCCUGCGCAGGCUGUGCAGCCUCAUGGGGACAGUAUUUCUACUACGUUGCAUUACAAUGUUUGUUACCUCACUCUCUGUGCCAGGACAGCACUUGCAGUGUACUGGAAAGUUGUAUGGCAAUGUUUGGGCAAAGCUCCAGCGGGCAUUUGCAAUAUGGAGUGGCUUUGGAAUGACUCUGACUGGAGUACAUACAUGUGGAGAUUAUAUGUUCAGUGGUCACACCGUCGUCCUGACCAUGCUCAACUUCUUUGUCACAGAAUACACGCCAAGGAGCUGGAACUUCUUGCACACCUUGUCCUGGGUCCUGAAUCUCUUUGGGAUCUUCUUCAUUUUGGCUGCACAUGAGCAUUAUUCUAUAGAUGUCUUCAUUGCUUUUUACAUCACUACAAGACUCUUUUUGUAUUACCAUACAUUGGCUAAUACCAGAGCAUAUCAACAGAGUAGGAGGGCAAGGAUAUGGUUUCCAAUGUUUUCUUUUUUUGAAUGCAAUGUUAAUGGUACUGUUCCCAAUGAGUAUUGCUGGCCCUUUUCAAAACCUGCUAUUCUAAAAAGAUUAAUUGGUUGAAGACUGUGUGGGUCAGUUCAGAUUUUUAUGAAGCAUUAUGACUAAGAUCCUACAAGGGAGAAGUCAAGUAACAUUUUUCACUCCAUGAUCUCCUCCUUGCCUUGUUUAUUGGAUUCUUAGCUGUAAAAUGGGGUUUCCAUACUUUACAGGGAUGUAUUUUGUUUUCUCCUUGUGGAAAUAGAAAACAAUGCAGAGAUGGGUAAAGUGAAGCAUGAAUAUAAACCAGAAUACUGUUACCCUUGGUAAGGUUCUGUGUUAAUGCUUAUGGAUUAUUAACCUCCAAUAUGUAUGGAAUAUAACACACCCUUUACAGGUGCAGAUAAUCUUUGUUACCUGAGUGCCAGCCUUUACAUAUACUGACAAAAAAUUGGAACUUUAUGAAGCCUUUAUUUGAAAGCAGUCAUAAGUGAAAUUUUCAAAACAAACUGUGUAUAUUUAAAGAUUGAGGAGGUCUGUGUCAUAAUGAAGGAAGCAGUAUAGUUCCUUGCUGAGAGGGUCUCUUAACUGUUAAAAUUGCAAGUCUUGACAAUAUAAAUGGUCUGCAUACAGGUUGCCAAAAAUGAAAGUCUGCCUUGUGGCUGUGCAGUGAUGAUAUUUUUUUUAAUAAGAACUUAUUUAGUCUAGUCCAUCAGUUGUAUGAUUGUUCUAGCACUUGAAAGUUUUCCCUUUUGUGUUUAAAUGAGUUCAAGUAAGUGGAACAUCCACUGAAAGUAAACUUAGCUUUAGUGAGUUUAAAGCCACAAAAGAACUUUGGUGUGGUCUUAUUUGCUUUAUACCCAAAGCCAUGCAUGCUUUUCAGGAGCAGUUCUUUAACAUUGGAAAAACAGAACAGUUGUCUUUGUCUAUCUUUCUGUCCUAUAAAUGGAUGGGAAAAAUGCAUGUAGUAACUCUUUCAGGAAUAAUAAUAAUAGUGAGUAUUGGAAAUAGUGCUCAUGUUGAUGUAUGUUUUAGCACUCUGGUGUCAACACUAUGGUGAAUAUCUCUGGAUAUAUAUAUAUAUGCACAAUAUUUGGUUAUAUAUAUAAACACACAGUAUAUGUUUUUCUAGCAACUAUGAAAAGAGGCUAGUUCUUAAUUUAAGUUGCUCAUUUACUACACUGAAAGAUACCAUAAACAGCUGAGUUUUGCUUGUUGAAAAAACCAAACCACAACCCACAAUGAAACAUCCCCCAAAACCUUAAGCCAACACUCCGAGUCCAUAAGGCAUGAGCAGGGUCACACAAGGGCUGGUGAUCUCUUAAGCAGUGGAUUGUGAGGGGACAAUACUAAUGUUGUCUGUAGA